AGCACACAAACCGGGCACAAAACGGUAUAUAAGCAAGAUGGGUCACCCAGAUCAGACAUCAGCAAUCCUCCAGGACAAGAGGUUACUGCUCCACAGAACCAGAGCUAAACAACCCAGCAAAAACCUCCUGUCUAAUCAUGAACGGCAAACUUGUGGCUGUCCUGGCUCUCUUCCUGAUUUCAGCGUCUAUGUCUCAAGGUAUGAGCCUGGCAAGGAUGGCAACUGAGCUCCGGUGCCAGUGCAUAGCCACUCAUUCGAAGUUCAUCCCUCCUAAGUCCAUUCAAGAUGUGAAGCUGACACAGAGCGGUCCCCACUGCAAGAACGUUGAAGUGAUAGCUACUCUGAAGGACGGCAGAGAGGUGUGCUUGGAGCCCACUGCUCCCUGGGUACAGCUGAUCAUAAAGGCAAUUUUGGCCAAGGCUCAGCUCAAUUCUGAUUCACCACUCUAAGAAACACCAGGACAGAGAAAAUCUGGGAACUGCUCCUGCUCAUCUGUUGAGAGAAACAUUCGGGAAAAGCAUCAUUUAGGCAGUGCAACAUCUUCCACCUCCUUCAUCAGUGUUAUUAUGUUAAUUAGGGAUUUAUUUAUUUAUUUAUUUAUUUAACUGCAUCUAUUUAAGAAAGUCUUCCAGAAUGGCCAGUGUUGUCUGUGGGACAUGCUGUUCAUUGGCACUGAAGACACUGGAUAGGAAAAGUGGUUUGCUAUAGGAAAUGAAGAACCCUUGGCAGACACUUCAGCCAAACUUAACUAGUUAAGUGCAAUGCACUUGCAGCACAGCUUAUUUACACUAAGCCUUACUAUUUUGCUAUUACACCAGCAAGCUGGUAAUUCCUCCUGCUCCCCUGGAGUGCACUAGUAUGUUGUGUCAACAACAGUUUCCUGAACCAAAGUCAGACUCUGUCUAGACUGUGAACUGUGAUUUCUAACUUUAAAAAUCUAGCCUACAGAAUCUGUAAGACAGUGGGCUUGUUAUUUAUUUAUUGUGAUUUCUGUGGUAUUUAUAAAUGUAUUUAUUGAGUAGUUUCUAUCUAAGAGAGAAAAUGUUGAUAAUUUAUUUCAUUUUUACUAGAUUUUCCAUUUCUAUUAUUCAUUUCUUAAGAAAAAUUCACAAUCUCAU